AUGGUUGGGCAAACAAAAUUUUCUAAAGAAUGGAUAUUCCUCAAAGUGUUAUUAACAUCUCGAGAUGAAAACUUUGAUUCGGAAGUACAAUUAGACUUAUUGACUUGGAAACAAUGGGUAAAUAAUGCAUUGAGGCGAUCAUACGGUAUCUUUGGAGAAGGACUUGAAUACUAUUUUAUGAAUCAAGAACAGAAAAUUGCCUUUUUCAAAGUUAAUUCCAAAGACGAAGAACAGUUCUCAUCUGCCAUUGCAACAUAUACAUCUACAGACGAAUUGGUUGGGUCCCCGUUAGUAGCUUCAAUUAUUCAGAAGACAUCCAGACUAUCUGAUUUGGAAUGUAACAAAGAUGACGAGCUCUGGAUGAGGAGGGAAGAGGAGGAGCUAGAGUUUUGA